AUGGCGUCGAACGAACAAGUUGGAUGGAUAGGACUCGGGAGUAUGGGACUUGCAAUGGCACAAAAUGUCCAAAGAUCCCUCCAACAAGACGCAAAGUCCCAGUUAAAGUUCUGGAAUCGGACAGCGUCUCGCGGCGCGCCACUUGAAUUACUUGGGGCUGUUGGAUGCGAGUCUAUCGCCCAGCUUGUCACCGAAUGUGAUCUGAUAUUCAUAUCUACCAGUGAUGAUGCGGCUUUGAAUGCUAUCGUCAACCAGAUAUUGACUGUCAAAGAUCUCGAUGGAAAGUUGUUUGUGGACACUACCACAGUGCAUCCUAAUACGACUAAGAAGACAAAUGGAAGACUAAAGAAACGAAAUGCAUGCUUUGUUGCUGCACCUGUCUUCGGAGCCACUCCAGCCGCGGAAAGUGGUACAGUGUUGAUGGCGAUGGGCGGUCCUAGCAAAGCCAUUGAUAGAAUAGUACCUUUCGGAAAAGGUGUCCUUGCUCGGGAGGUGAUGAUUGUGUCGGAUCAGCCUGAGAAGGCCACCCUGCUCAAGACUUUGGGUAAUUUUAUCAUCGCAGGAACAAUGGAGAUCGUGGGAGAAGCCCAGGUUCUAGCGGAGAAAAGCGACCUAGGCACAGACAUGCUUGAAAAGUUGCUUGAGCUGAAUUUUGGAAGUUUGAUGCAUUCCAGCUCUACGCGCAUGACGCAGGGCGUUUACCUACCCGAGGAAGGCCAAUCCCCUUGGUCCAACUUGAAUCUCGGUAUCAAGGAUGUUCAGCAUGGCAUCAGUUGCGCACAAGAUGUCGGCGCGAGAUUAAAAGUCGCCGAGGUUGCACUUGACAAUAUGGUACGGGCGAAGGACUUUUCAGAUGCGCAUGGUGGCCGGCCUUUGGAUUCAUCGUCCGGGUAUGGAAUAAUACGUCAGGAUUCUGGCCUUGACUUUGAGAAUGCCUUUGUGAAGGAACGAGAUACUGGGAAGGAAGAUCGUUCUCUCCAAUAG